GAGACGUUCUCGAAUACGUAUUUGUGUUGGGAAGGUUGGUGAGUGAAAAAUCAUAAAAAUGAAAGUUUGUGUCUUAUUUGCAAUUUUUACAGUAGCUCAAGCAGCGAAAGCAACUUUGAAACCAAUUUCGGCGUGCUGUAACAUUCCUGAGUUGGGGAAUCCAGAACCUCUCGCAGAAUGCUCCAACCCAAAGCUGCCUGGACCUUGCAAGGACAUUCAAUGCGUUUUCGAAAAGUCGGGUUUUUUAACUGAAAACAAGACCCUUAUCAAGGAAGCAUACAAAACGCAUCUCCGACAAUGGGCGAAAGAGCACGAGGGUUGGUCAGUGGCCGUGGAGAAGGCCAUCAGCGACUGCGUUGACAAAGAUCUGAGACAGUACCUAGAAUUUCCUUGUAGUGCCUACGAUGUGUUCACGUGUACCGGAAUCGCUAUGUUGAAGAAAUGUCCCAACGAACAUUGGACCUGCUGAAAGCGAACACUCUAACAAUUCCAUUGUAACGAUUGAAUUAUUUUUAAAUAAACGAAUUUACAAUUAGUGUAA